ACAUCUCACUUUAUUUCUCAAAUAUAAGCUGAUCUAUGAAGGAGUUGCUUCAGCAUUAUGAAAGGACUAAAAGGGUACAGAGUGCAUUGGUGUACCUAGAUAAAUCAGGAAACCUUAGUGACAUUAAGAAGACAAGUUUGUUGUACGGCAAUUCUCAGGAUGUGAUCUUGUACAAGUUCAGGCUGAAACUUCAGCCAUGUGAUCUUAUACAAACAUGUGCAUAUUUAGGAAAUUUGGUUUUAAGCUGUCCAAGUGAAGCAGAGAAGAUAUUCCAGGAGGUGGUUUACUUGGUAAUAAAGUCUCUUCAACUCCUUCCUGGGGAACUCAGAAAGUCACAAAUUGCUGUCAACCUCAAGUUAGGGUCUUUGCCAGCUAUCAAAGAACAAUAUUACGUCAAGACAGUGAAAGACCUGCCAAGAUUUCUUAAAUCAGGCAGUUUUCUUGGGUUUGAUGGGGUGGUGACAGGAUUGUCAGCAGUUUCAUCCUAUACACAGAGCACCCUGUACAUCUGUCCUGUGGAGGGCUGUAGUGGAGCAGAUGGAAAGCAGUACAUCAGAGUGCAUGUGCCCGGGGCAUCAGAGCUACAAACCAUUAGAAAUGACUUUCAUUGCUUCCACUGUGGUAUGGUACUGGAGGAAGACAAAUCCAAAAGAGUUUUAGCAGAAAAGUUGAUAGCCGAACUGGUACCUGUGAGUACUCUUAGAACAGAUGGUAUAGGCACUGGACGAACACAGGCCAUUACAGUCUACUUCAGGGAUGAACUGGUCAGUAUUCCUGUCAUUGGAGAAUUGUAUAGAGUCAUUGGUGUGGUGAAAGCUGAUUUUGAAAACCAAAAUAUCCACUUAGUAGUAGAGGCAAACAACAUUGAACAGCUUUCUGCAUUUUCCGAUAUCCCAUACAGUUUGGAGCAGAGAUACCUACCUAAGUGUAUUCAACUCUUAUAUGAAGAGAAUGUGUGUUCUCCUUGGGGCUUUGUUAGAUGCCUUGCAUAUUUGUUUGGAGAAAGUGUGACACCUCCUGGGUCAUUCCACAAGUUGAAACUAGGUAUUCUACUGAGCCUGGUUUUAACUGGUUCCAAGUCAAAGACGAAGUCCCUCUUCCAUAUUUUAGCCUGUGGUAGAGAGUCCGUUGUUCUGGACAGGCUAUUGAGGUAUGGUUGCACAUUUGCUGAGAGAGCUGUUACCCAUAGCUUGUGUAAUGCUGUCACAGGGCGAAUUUCCAAGGAUCCCUAUCACAAAAGCCAGUACUUUGUUGAAGGUGGCUCUUUGUCGUUAGCAACAAAUGGCGUUUGUAACAUUGGAGACCUGGGAAGGUACAAAAAAAUCACAAAGGAUAUCAUUAAAGCAACUUUGGACACAGGCAGAGUUGUGAUUGAUGUGAGCUCUAAAUUUUCUCAGGGCCUCCCACAGCAGCACAGCUCCCCUCUCAGGUGCCAUGUGUGGGCGUACUCAGACCCUGCCACACAGAAACCCUCUCAGUAUAAGGAUGAGCUCUUCAUUACAGGCGACACAGGGGAACUUUCAAAAGCAAUGCUUGAUGUUUUUAGCCUGGUGUUAUUCACAGAUGGCAGUGACAGCAUUUCAAAUUUUGAUGAAGAGAUCAGUAGAGACAUUCUGCGUUCAGCUGUACACCCUGACAGCCUCAAACCAUCAAUUACCUUUCAGGAAUUCAAUAAGUUCUUGGAGAUAGCCAGAGAAAGGGAGGUAAUCCUUACGCCUGCAGCAGAGGUGAUAGUUCAGCAGUAUUAUCAGGCCAGUAGGAGAAUGAGGUCUUCAGACCCGAGUAGCUCAUCAGUCCCUGUAUCAACUCUCCCAACUCUAUACUCCCUUGCAUUAGCCCAUGCUAAGUUGAGUCUCAGAAGAGAAGUCACAGAGAGUGAUGCAGUCAUGGCUGUCCACCUCAGUGAGGAAUGCCUUACAGCCAGACAUGGAUUCUCAGCACUCAGUGUGCGUCCAAUGCCUCAUAUUACCUGUGAUGAUUUUAACUUACAAGAGAUGGAUGAGGAGAUGUAUGUAUUCCAUCACCGUCUUCUGAGAUUUUGUGGAGGCCAAGCACCUGGGCAUGAGGAAUAAGAAUCAGAGAAUACUACCUGUGUGACUGCUCCUGUGGAAUAGAGGCGCUAGGUCAUUAACAUCAGGAACCACUUCUUCAAAAGCAUAUCAAAGUGAUUUAAAGCUUUAUACCAGUUUCAUUGUAAUAUAAUAUCAGUGGGCUUUUUAAAAAUUUAUAUUUUAGCUGAAAUCUUUCUACAGUUUUGAACAUUCUUAUCACUACAUUAAUGUGAUGUGGAAAAUCAAUGUUGCAAUGGAUGAAACAGCACGAGGCGGGACUAUGAAGCAUUCCUGCUAACCAUUCAUGAAAAAUUUUGUUGUAAACUGACAUUGUCCAGAUUCCACUGAAAAGGAAAGCUGAAUUUGGCGUUACACAAUUCUGUGUGAUACAAUUUAAACUUGUUCAUUAUCAAGUCUUCAGAAUGUGUCUGCAUGCUGUAAAUGUCCAUGUUCAAACUUUGCGUGAAUGUUUAUCACCAUGUGAUGACCAUGUAGUGUGAAAUCAAUCAUUACAUUUUAAGUUAAACCUGACCACUCUCAGCUGUACAUAUACAUUA